UUUAUAAUCGCUUGAAACAAACAACGCAAACCAUUUGUUUUCGCGCUGAAUCGAUAUUAGCCGCCUUCAGUGUUCCUUGUUUUGUAUAAUUGUACAUUUUGUGCAGCCUGUGGUUUUGGUUAAAGUAGGCACUUAUUGGUAACUCCCCGUGCGUUAGCCAUUCGCAAUCAAACCGUCUCACAACCAUGGGCGAAGACGAGAGAACGCUUUGGUGUGGAAAUCUAAGCGAAAGUGUUUCCGAAGAGUUGCUGUACGAGUUGUUUCUGCAGGCUGGUCCACUGGAAAACGUAAAGAUUCCCCGAGAUGCAGAUAGACGUCAGCGCAAUUAUGCCUUCAUUACGUUCCAACACGCCUGCAGUGUGGAGUAUGCGAUGAACAUAUUCGAGGGCACAGCGCUUCUGCAACGUCCGCUCACACUGCACAGAAAAACUCGCAACGGAUCCAACGCUAACAAUGCUUUGUCUCAAACGAAUUUCAACUAUCCAUCGGGUAGCACUAGCACCAGUAGCAGCAGCCACACGCGCAAACGUUUUUCCAACGAUGCAGUACCAGUGCACUUUCCUCCAAUGCAUCAGUCGAUGGAUGGUAAUACAUCGUCGAAUAAAAGUCCGGACGGAUUAAAUACAUUACACGGACAAAAUGACAUCAUGUCUGCGAUGUCGAUGGCACUGAAUGGAUCGCAGUAUGCAUUUACACCGGAGCUGUUAGCUCAGCUGGGCCAGCAACUUCUUGGUGCAGAACUCCCUCCGUUAGACGAUGGCAACCAGCAGCAGAGUUCGUUGCGCACGAAAAUGCUGCAUAACGAUCGAUCUCACUAUCGUGAUCGCCAUCACCAAAAACCAUAUUCUCGAGACGAUCGCUACGAUCAUAAGCACGAUCGCAACGAUUCGCAUAAUCGCCGUCGCUACGAUAGCAGCAGUGGACGGAACAGUAACGAUUACGAAAAGGACAACCAUCGAAACAACAGGAGGCGGAGAUAGUGGUUGAUAAUUUGCAUCAUGGUACAAAAGAAAACAAACUUUAUAUAAUUUAACCAUCCUGACAUCGGAGUCGGUAUAAAUAUGCUAUUUGUGAGGACGAUCAAUCGCGCGCGUGAGUGGAAGUUUUAGGAGCGUAUUGUAAAUAAUACAAACGAUUGUUUUCAAAUUUGUUCUUCAUUGCAAUCAACUCUCCCCAAAGCCCAUUGCAAGGGCCUUGAGGCCGUGUAAUAAAUAUGAAACCUUCUCUUUUAUAACAUUUUUAUCCAGUGUGAUCACCAUAGCAAAAGAACAAAUCGUUUCCAUGUGGGUAUGCU